AGUUGUUCUUGUGACUACUACUGGAGCAUACGCUUUUGGUAGACGGUUUCCACGACCAUUCCCAAUACACUUUGGAAUAAAUCCCAUUCUCCUAUACUGCUUAUUAAAAGAUUUUGAGGGAUUAAGCCCAAUGGAAUCUUCACGCAGGCUUUGUAAAUACAAGGUGGAGAGGGAAGUGCUAGAUGAGCAGAGACUGGAAGAGGUAACACAGAGAAAAACACACUCUGACACUCACCGUUCUCUAACUGAAUCGUUUAAAGACUCCUUAAGAUGUACUGUCCCCAAACUGAAAAGAAGUGUGAUGAACAGCUUGCCUGUAUUAUACUGGCUGCCCAAGUACUCAAUCUGGGACUAUGGCAUGCCAGACCUCAUCUCUGGCAUCAGUGUGGGCAUAAUGCACCUGCCUCAAGGUAUGGCGUAUGCAUUGUUGGCUUCCUUACCUCCUGUAUUUGGGCUCUACUCGUCCCUCUAUCCAACAUUAAUCUACUUCUUUUUUGGAACAUCACGUCAUAUCUCCAUUGGUACAUUCACUGUGCUCAGCAUCAUGGUGGGUAGUGUUACAGAAAGACUGGCUCCAGAUGUGGCUUUCCUCAGAAUGAACGGGACUAACAUCACUACAGAGGUGGACAUAAUUGCCCGGGACUCAUACAGGGUUCAGGUGGCGGCUGCUACUACUGUCUUAGGAGGACUUAUUCAGGUCAUACUGGGUUUGGUAAAGUUUGGAUUUGUGGGAACCUACUUGUCUGAGCCUCUGGUGCGAGCCUACACCACAGCUGCUGCAGCCCACGCCGUGGUCGCACAACUCAAGUACAUCUUUGGCGUUUCACCUACAAGGUUUACUGGUCCGCUAUCACUGGUGUAUACUCUUAAAGACGUUUGCUCCUUGCUGCCACAGACUCAUCUUCCCACUUUGGUGGUCAGUGCUGUGUCCAUGGUGCUUCUAAUUGCAGCCAAGGAACUCAACUCCUUCCUCAGCCCAAAAUUGCCAGUGCCUGUCCCGAUGGAGCUCAUAACGAUUGUGGCAGGAACACUGAUAUCAAACUAUGCCUACUUGAACAUCAACUACACUGUUUCAGUUGUUGGAGAAAUUCCGAGUGGUUUGAGUCCCCCCAGUGUUCCAGAUUUUAGCAUUUUUGGAGAGGUUAUGGGUGAUGCUUUUGCACUGGCCAUUGUUGGAUAUGCCAUAUCUAUUUCACUUGGAAAAACAUUCGCGCUGAAACACGGAUACAAGGUGGACAGUAACCAGGAGCUGGUGGCGCUGGGCCUCAGUAAUGCAGUUGGAGGCUUCUUUCAGUGCUACUCCGUUUGCUCCUCUAUGUCUCGAAGUCUCAUCCAAGAGACGACUGGAGGAAAAACACAAAUGGCUGGAGUGGCCUCAGCUCUCAUUGUGUUGGUGACCAUACUGAAACUUGGACCACUGUUCCAGGAGCUGCCAAAGGCUGUCCUCGCAGUGAUUGUCUUUGUAAAUCUGAAGGGCAUGUUCAAGCAGUACUCUGACAUUGCUACACUGUGGAGGCGCAGCAAGAUUGAUCUGGUGGUGUGGUUGGUCACUUGGGUGUCAACACUGCUCCUCAAUCUGGAUCUGGGUCUGGCAGCAUCCAUCACCUUUGCCCUGCUGACGGUCAUCUUCAGGACUCAGUUGCCAACAUACUCUGUUCUGGGAAAUGUUCCAGGUACAGAGCUGUACUUGGAUAUAGAGAAACACAGAGAGGUGAGAGAGAUUCCAGGUGUUACUAUAUUCCGAUCCUCUGCCACGGUGUAUUUUGCCAAUGCUGAGCUCUACCUUGAGGCCCUGAAGGAAAAGAGUGGGCUUGACAUCAGUAAAAUGAUUAUCUACAAGAGGAGGCAGGAGGCCAAACAGAAACGUAGAGAGAGGAGAGCUGAGAGACGGGCCAAGAGGCAGGCCAGGAAAGAGAGACGAGCACAGAGGGCAGCUCAACAGCUGUUCUCUGUAGAGGAAGAGCCCGGCUGGAGGGACACAUGCAUUGAUGGGAAUGUUACCGACAAGGAAGAUCAAGGCUGGACUGAGCGAGAGAACGGUACAGUGUUUGUCAUCCCAACCUCUCCCGGAGCACCAGAAGGCCAGGGAAGAUGGGAAUACCUGAAAGGAGGAGAUCCCGAAUGCACAAGUUUAGGGUGGAUGUCUGAGCUGCAGGACGGGGACACCACCACUCUGGGCUCCAGCAGCGAGGACACACUGAGUCAUGACCUGGAGAGGAUCUCGCUUGGUUCUCUGGGCAAGUGGACCUGGGACAUUCACUCCAUCAUUCUCGACCUCUCCACAGCGAACUUCAUUGACACGGUGGCUAUCAAGACAAUUAAAAAUAUUUUCCAGGACUUCAGUGAAAUUGAUGUGGAUAUCUACAUGGCUGGUUGUCAAGCCUGUGUUGUGGAGCAGUUAGAGAUUGGUGACUUCUUCUCCGAGUCAAUAACAAAGAGACACCUUUUCGCCUCCGUUCAUGAUGCUGUGCUCUACUGUCUGGACCACCGUGGAGCAACAUCAUUUCCAAGAUACGAGUCAUCAGUGGAGAUGCACAGCAGCACACGACUGUAAGGACCUAAAGCCCAGCAGGAUAUCGAGCACAGAGGAUGGAAAAACCAUCGCACAUCUACAAGAAGAAAUAUCUCAACCUGCACCUGUAAAUUAAUACAGAUUUUAGUAAAGCUUUAAACAAAUCACUUAUAUUGAUAUUUAUACAUUUUUAUACACUUUACAGUAUGUAAAAGAAGCCACUGGAUGCUGACACAUUAUCUUAAUCUAACUUUAUUCAGUAUGGAAGAGUGUUACAGUGCAUUUGUGAAGAAAAAAAGAUAAUAAAUUAAUACAGUGAAACAACCAAA